AUGGCUACCAUCGCCGCACCCGAGGAUUUGCCCCUGGGCAUAUCGCUGCCGCCUGGGAAUCCGCAUGGUGUCAGCGUCCACCUGCCGAAAUGGGCCGACACGGUCGGCUGGGCGUCGCGGGAGCCGCGCGUGCUGAACGCCAUGAAGACCGGAUACCCGCGGUUUUUCAUCCCGAGAGUGGUCGACCGGCUGGCCAUGCAGCUUCUCGACAUGCAGCAACGGAGCGCAGGAGAGACCGGCGACAGGGAAAAAGGGACCACCAAACUCGCCAUUGUGCUGGACAGCGUUGGCCAUGCGCAGGCGUGUCGCAAGACUUUGCCCGCGUGGAGCGAUCCUGCCUCGAAGCGCUUCAGCGCGGCCGACAUUGGAGUCUACGUCGUGAGCUGGGAGGGCAGGAUUACGCCUGUGGAGGCGGUGGACGGCGUGCCGGGUGACGGUGACAUCGAGUCGGCAGUGACCGUCGGUAACGAAGACAUCGUCCUCGUGACGUAUCCGGCCGAGCUGGCCGCGGAAGCCAAAGCGUUCUGGCAGCACACCGGCUUCGGCAUCUCGAGCAGGCGCGCCACGCACUGGCUGGAGCACGCGCCCUUCCUGUCGACGGCGCCCCCAGAUCCCGGAUCGAUGCCGGCCCCAGCCGAGAUAGCGCGCCAGGCCGAGCAGGCGCGAAGCACGCUGAAGAGCAGGAUAGCCGCCGGCCAGUCUUCUGCGGAGGACAACCUCGAAGUUUCACCAUCCGACGUGUUCCUCUUUCCCACCGGCAUGACCGCCAUCGCUGAGAUCGCGGCCGCCAUCAAAUCCUUGCGCCGCGCAACGCCCGACAACCCCUACCGCGUGGCUGUCUUCGGCUUCCUCUACGUCGACACGUACAAAGUCCUGCACCGUGUCCUCGGCUUCGAGCCGACGCUCUUCCACGCCACGGCCGACGCCAUCACCGCCCUCGAAGCCAUGCUCAACCCUUCCGCACCCUCCCCAACCAUCCCCCAGUGCAGCACCACCGCCCCCGCGACCGCUACUAUGAUGAAAUUCGACGCGAUAUUCACCGAAUUCCCAGGCAACCCGCUGCUGCAGGCGCCGGACCUGGCGCGGCUGCGGGCGCUGGCCACGCGCCACGCGAUCCCGCUGGUGGUCGACGACACGGUGGGCACGCACGCGGCGCUGCGCCUGCUGGCGGCGUGCGACGUGGCGUGCACCAGCCUGACCAAGAUGUUCAGCGGCGCGUGCGACGUCAUGGGCGGCGCCGCCGUGCUCAACCCGCGCGGGUGGGGGUAUGCCACGCUGAAGGGCGCGCUGGAGCGGCUUGAGCACAGGGAGGGGGGCGGGGGUGGAGGAAGUGGAAAUGGAGGACGGAGGACGGGAGAAAGGAAUUGGUUCUGGGCGGACGUGGUCCGGAUGGAGGCGAACAGCCGGGAUUUCGCGGCGCGGGUGCGCGCGGCGAGCGGGAACGCGGCGCGCGUCGCCGACAUGCUGCGGCGCAGCGGCUGCGUGCGGGAGGUGUUCUACCCCCAGGGCAGCCCGACGCAGGCGAUGUACGACCGGUUCCGGCGGGAGGGCGGCGGGUACGGGUUCCUGCUGUCGGUGCGGUUCGCGGCGCCGGCGCGGGCGGUCGCGUUCUACGACGCGCUGGACGUCGCCAAGGGCCCCAGCCUCGGCACCAACUUCACGCUGUGCUGCGCCUACACGCUGCUGGCGCACUACAGGGAGCUGGAGUGGGCGGCCGAGUACGGCGUGGUGGAGGAUCUGGUGCGCAUCAGCGUCGGCUUGGAGGAGUGGGCGUGGCUGGAGGAGCGCGUGGGCAGGGCGCUGCGGGCGGCCGAGGGGGUGGUGGUCAGUGAAGGUCCUGAGAGUGCUGCGUGA